CAAGCGACCUACACACAAAAACCCACCUCCGCAUAUAUACUUGCUUUGCUUUGAUCUUUCGUUCAGGUGUGUGACUGAAAAAUGGCGGACGAGAUUGUUCUGCUGGAUUUCUGGUCCAGCAUGUUUGGGAUGAGGGUGAGGAUCGCGCUGGCUGAGAAGGGGAUCAAGUACCAGCACAAAGAGGAGGACCUGAGGAACAAGAGCGAGCUGCUUCUCAAGAUGAACCCGGUUCACAAGAAGAUCCCGGUUCUCAUCCACAACGGUAAACCGGUAUGUGAAUCCCUUAUCAUCGUUCAGUACAUAGACGAGGUCUGGAACGACAAGUCUCCGUUGCUGCCAUCUGAUCCUUGCCAGAGAGCUCACGCCAGAUUCUGGGCUGAUUUUGUUGAUAAGAAGGUGUACGAUGCUUCGAGGAGGGUAUGGACGAGAAAAGGAGAAGAGCAGGAGGCAGCAAAGAAGGAUUUCUUUGAAAGCUUUAAGACAUUGGAAGGAGAGCUUGGCAAGAAGCCCUACUUCGGGGGUGAAACAUUUGGGUUUGUCGACAUUUCUCUCAUCACAUUCUACAGCUGGUUCUAUGUGUAUGAGACUUUUGGGAAAUUCAGUAUGGAGGCAGAGUGCCCCAAGAUUAUUGAAUGGGUUAAAAGGUGCCUGCAGAAAGAGAGUGUCGCCAAAUCUCUUCCUGACCAGAAGAAGGUAUAUGAGAGUGUCUUGGAGUGGCUUGGACGAGAGUAAAUGGGCUAAAAGGUGCCUGCAAAUGUAGAAUGUUGCCAAGGGUAUGAGUUCUUGGUUUCAUUUUGUUUAUACAUCAAUUUCCGAGUGACCUAAGAAAGUGAGAAGAAGAGAGAUUUUUCUUAUGUCAAAAUUUCUCUUUGAUUUGGGUGUAUUAGGAUUUUAAUUUUGAGUUUUUUUUUUUAUUUUUUUAUUAUUAUUAUUUUUUUUUUAAGUGUAUUAAGGCUUUGAGUUUGAGUUGUUUUCUUUCGCUACUUCUUUUUAGUCUAUCGGGCUUUGAGUUUGAGUUGUUUUCUAUCGCUACUUUAUUUUAAUCUAUCUUUUGAUAAUUCAUUUUU